AUGGGACGCAAGAAGUUUCGAGGUGGCCGCAAGGGCGGUCCCAAUCAUGGUCCCCGCAGCGACGGACCGGCGCCCUUCCAAUCGUAUAGCGAAAUUGUGAAGAAGAACGUCAACAUGGAGAAGUUCUACGACUCGGCCCUACCCUUCGAUGACGACGAGCGGCUUCAGUUCUGGGAGGCAUUGAAGAGAGAGCUGCCCAAUUCCUUCCGUUUCUGCGGCUCCAAAGGCCACGCCCUCGCCGUCAAGAGACUGCUAGAGACGAGGUACGCUCCCGACAUCGUCAAGAUCGAGCGCUAUGAUGGCGAGCCCGUCCAAGCUCCCCAGCCGGUUCCGUGGUACCCCGACCAACUCGCGUACUCGAUGAACACCCCGAAGCACGUCAUCCGUAAAUUCCCGCCUUUCGCUGCGUUUCAGAAAUUUCUGGUGUCUGAGACUAGCGUUGGCAAUAUUAGCAGGCAAGAGGUUGUCAGCAUGAUCCCGCCGCUCCUGAUGGACAUCGACCCAGGCAUGACCGUCCUAGACAUGUGCGCUGCACCCGGAAGCAAAGCUGCGCAGUUGCUCGAGAUGGUCCACGCGGGGGAGGAGGCGAGAGUACGCAAGGUGAUGCAGUCCUUCGGUGAAGCUGGCCCCCUGCCCGCCACAGAUGAAGAAGAUGUUGAUCUUGCUGUGGAUUCUGGCGACGACGGCCGCGCGACUGGGCUGCUCAUUGCCAAUGAUGCCGACUACAAGAGGAGCCACAUGCUAGUCCACCAGCUGAAGCGACUAUCGUCCCCGAAUCUCCUCGUCACGAACCACGACGCAACGUUGUAUCCGGCUAUCAGGCUCCCGCGAGACCCGGCACGACCUGAAAAAGGCCAGUACCUACGAUUCGACAGGAUCCUUGCCGACGUGCCUUGUUCCGGAGACGGGACCCUGAGGAAGAAUGUCAACUUGUGGAAGGAUUGGCAACCGGGCAAUGCGCUGGGGCUUCACGUCACCCAAGUCCGGAUAUUGGUCCGGGCACUGCAGAUGCUAAAGGUUGGUGGCAAGGUCGUGUACUCGACCUGCAGUAUGAAUCCUGUCGAAAACGAAGCUGUCAUAGUGUCGGCCAUCGAGCGUUGCGGCGGUCCCGACAAGAUUGGGAUCAUUGAUUGCCAAGAUAGGCUUCCGCUGCUGAAGCGCACACCGGGGAUGCUCCAGUGGCAGAUCAUGGACAAGUCAGGUCGCAUCUGGGGCAGCUGGGAGGAAGUUCAGCAGUAUGCCCUGACGAACGGCGGGCAGAUGCCGGGAAAGCUUUCGGAAACCAUGUUUCCUAGAACGGAUUCUAGUGAUUGCUCCGCGCUCCCGCUGGAUCGCUGCAUGCGAGUCUACGCCCAUCAACAAGAUACUGGCGGCUUUUUCAUCGCCGUACUAGAGAAGAAUGAAGAAUUCAAGGCUAAACCGGAGUCGCAAUCAAGGCCCCGGGCCCCCAACGGCAUCAAAAAAGAGGAGCUGGAGGCUAAAGUUAAGCUAGGAGAGGAGAAAGAUCUUCUUCCAACUGCGGGGUCUAAGAGGACUCUCGAUGAUGAUGAUGCCGAGACGAAGCCAGAAAUUAAGAAGCAGAGGACUGACUCGUUAUCAAGCGAACGACCGGAGAUAAAACUAGAACCAGACAUCGAAACGGAGCAAGCGACCUCUAAAGCCGAGCCCGAGGAAACUAAACCAGAAGAAACCAGGCCGAUUCCUAACAAUACCGGUCAAGCCGACCGACGGGCCAAGGCUCCGGAUGGCAACUACGAAGAGCCUUUCAAGUACCUACUGCCAGAUCAUCAUGUGAUUCAAGAUAUCGUGAGAUUCUACAAGGUCUCGCCGCGCUUCCCUUCGAACCGUUUCAUGGUACGGAACGCUACGGGCGAGCCAGCGAAGGCCAUCUACUACACGAGCUCCCUCGUCCGGGACAUCCUGACGGAGAACGAAGGCCGGGGGGUCAAGUUCGUGCACGGGGGGGUCAAGAUGUUCAUGAAGCAGGACGCGCCAUCGGCCGAGGUAUGCCGGUGGCGGAUCCAGUCGGAGGGGAUGCCGAUGAUCGAGGGGUACGUGGGGCCGGAGCGGGUGGUGCGGCUGACGAACAAGGCGACGUUCCGGACGCUGCUCCGGGAGAUGUUCCCCAAGUUCGUCGGCGACGACUGGAAGAAGCUCGGCGAGAUCGGCGAGCGGGCGCGGCAGAUCGGCAUGGGCUGCUGCCUGCUGGUGGUGGAGCCGGACGGGGCCGACCCCGGCUUCGCCGAGCGCAUGGUGCUGCCGCUGUGGAAGAGCUUCCACUCGCUCAACCUCAUGCUGCCCAAGGAGGACCGGUCCGCGAUGCUGCUCCGCCUCUUCAACGACACCUCGCCCGUCAUCAACCAGACGCUCAAGGGCGCCGCGGCCCAGAAGCAGGCCGAGGCGGCCGAGGCUGCUGAGGCCGAGAGCGAGCCCGCCGCCACCGCCACCGCUGACGGCGCCGACGAGGGCGAGGUCCAGGCCACCCAGGACGUGCCCAUGGAAGACCUCGCCGCCUCCGAGCACGCCGACGAACCCGGCGGAGCCCCCGAGGCGCCCGACGAAGCCGAUAGCGGCGGCGUCGAGGAAGCAGCUGAACCCGUCAAAGGGGCUGACUAG